AUGAACACACACUCUAAAUGGUGUUCGAAAAAGCUUACAAAGACGGAGGCUACAGGAUGUAAAUUAGGAGUUGAGCACAACAAAACAACAAUGGUCAAUCAGCUAGAAGGUAACAUUAAUGAUCGUGAUCUUCUUUCUGAUUGUACCAAAGUUGAUGGCGUUGAGCGCCCACAAGGAAGAAAAGUCUGUAAAGAGAGGAAGAGAAAAUUGAAUGAGGAAAAAGGUGUGGUCGAUGCAUUGAGCAAGUUGCAUUGCACAUUAGAGAAACAAGUUAGCAUUAAUCAAGCAACUUUGGAGAUGGAAAAAACAAAAGAUGCAAAAGAACUACAGCUACUGGGGGAACUAAUGCAAAAGGAACUAGAAUUAAAAAGAGAGCUCAAAAGUUGA